AAGCUCCAAUUUAGCGGCCCAGAGGUUUCAGCUUGAGAAAGCAUUGUAAUGCCAAGCCGUCAGUCUGAACGGCCCUCGCCAGUUUGGGCCAAUGCUCUUCAUUCCCAGGACUCUCGAUCGCCGCUCAACGCCAUGUCGUAACUUCACCGGCAGCGCUGUUAGCGCACUGUGCGCUUGCUUGACUUCGAAAGCACGGUGUUUCCGCUGUCCUCAAUCGCGGCGGAAAGACAAAAGUGCAAUCUGCUUGUGCCCCUUGAUUGUCCAAUACAUCUUGGCACCUCUUGUGCUAAAAAGUAUCAAAACCGAUGGCUUGUACGGCCGUGGACGUCAACACCAAACCAAACGCUCUUGUUGCAGGAAGUCGGGAGGUUCCAGCGUCUACUGAGGUACUACGCAGUUGCCUAACAGCCGAUCCUGCUUGCUGUCAUUGUCUCUUGUAUUGCUUCUGCGAUCCCGUGACGUAAGAG